AUGAGCAUGCUGUGCACCUCGUGCUACGUCCAUGCCAGCCUCAGGGCUCCGCGCCGCUACCUGUCCCUGGAGCAGGUGCGGGAGCUGGUGCAGCCCUCCCCGGCCGCGCUCAUGACCGUGCUCCGGUGGCUGAAGGGCCACGGCGUGGGCAGCUGCCGCAGCGUGAGCACCCUGGACUUCCUGGAGUGCCGCAUGCCUGCCAGCACGGCCGAGCGCCUCCUGCCAGGGGCCGAGUUCCACCGCUACGUGAAAGGUGGGCGCAGCGUUGUGCGCUCCCCGCUUCCMUACAGUGUCCCUGAGGAGCUGGCCGAGCACAUCGACUUCGUCGGGGGUCUGCACCGGUUCCCUGCGGAGAGGAAGGUGGUCAGCAGAGCCUGGGCCAAGAAGGACGCGGAGCCAGGGCAGCGCCAUGGAGGAAAAGCAGCUUUCCACCUGGGUGUCACACCCUCCAUCAUCCGUAAAAGAUACAACAUGACAGGAGGAGACGUCGGGGUACUGGCAAACAACAGCCAGGCCUGUGCACAGUUCCUGGAGCAGUAUUUCCACCAGGCGGAUGUGGCUGAGUUUAUGCAGCUCUUUGGCAGCAGCUUUGGCCACCGCUCUCAGGUUGACCAUGUGGUUGGGCACCAGGGCUGGGGCAAGGCUGGGCUGGAGGCAAGUCUGGAUGUGGAAUACAUCAUGAGCACAGGAGCCAACAUUUCCACAUGGGUCUUCAGCAACUCAGGGAGGCACGAGAGCCAGGAGCCCUUCCUGGCCUGGCUGCUGCUGCUCAGCAACAUGUCCGCGCUGCCCAGCGUGCACUCGGUGAGCUACGGCGACGACGAGGACAGCCUGUCGCGCGCCUACCUGCAGCGCGUCAACGUGGAGUUCAUGAAGGCGGCGGCCCGCGGCCUCACCGUGCUCUUCGCCUCAGGUGCGGCCUCGGUGCCGCGCAGGUGCCUCCGAGGGCCGGGAGCCCCUGGGAAGCCUCCUGCGGCUGCUGUGGCCGCGCGCCCCUUGAGGGGGCUGCGGCUCGAGGGAGGCGAUGAUGGUGCGGGCUGCAGGAGGGUGUCCGGCGGCAACCACACUUUCCGGCCCAGCUUUCCAGCCUCCAGGUAA